AUGUCGCAGGAGCGCGUUAACCCAUUCUCCGACCCCAUUUGCGAAGACGAAAUCCCCCAACUCCAAAAUCUCGAAACUCGGGAUAUUGCCAAGUCCAAAGCAAGAGGCUUCGUUUCAGAGCACCCUUCAUGGAAGCCGUCACAGUCUACUCGAAGUCGCAUCUCUCAUUACCUCAAGCCCACUCUUCAAGAUGACGGCAAUACAAACUCUGAGUGGGAAACCGUCGCGCCUGAUGAGGACGUCAUUCUCAGACCCAGUAUCUAUCUCAGACAGCGUUUGGAAAACGGCCGCAGGGCAUACCCAACUCAUAAUGCCCUGGGCCGUGAUCGUCAAGCUGCAGAGCACACGCAACAUAGAACCACUGCUCUCAUGCCGACAAGCUCGUCUCGUAACUUGGCUCGUACGUUGACAAUGCACACCAGUAACCGACCCAAGCGUGCUUCUCAGCCGCCGCGAGCACUUAGCGUUUAUGAGGACGAUUCCGUUUUCCCCAAAAUCACCGACCAAAACCAGCAGCAGGGCCGCCAGCCUGAACCCUCUCGCACUCUGACCAAGAACCGGCCGGCUACACUGGGGUAUGAUCGCAACGCUCAUGGUGAACUGGUAGCCAGCUACUCCAAGUCCUCCAGCCGAGCGAGCAAUGACCCUUUCAAAUUUGACGGCGCGGGCUACUCCAUGUUUCUCCAGCCCUCCGCCGAGAGAGAAGUCAGCAGAGCUCUCUACGGAGCGGGAAAUUUCCCGGUCAUUAAGCGCGCUAAUCUCAGUCCAAGUACCAACGAGCACCCGCUCUCCGAGCUCGCUCAGCUGGUGAACAAGACAGCGGCUGAAAAAGAUGCAGGCAGCGACUGGCAGACGAUUACAACGGAACAAACUCCUCACGGGGCCUUGGAGCUGACGCUUCGGUUGGAUCAAGAUGUAGGAAGCAGUCUGGCCGAUGUGUCAGAUGGGCCCGAGUAUGAAUCGUUUGAUCACUUCCUCGGGGCUACUGCAGGUUCGCAGCAUUCUCGUGAGACUCAUCUAGAGGGGAACGUGUAUUCCAACGCAACCCAGCGCCGCACAUUGUCCCGUGGGAUCUCGCAGCCGACGUACAGGAAUAGCCGAGUGGCUUCUGCUCGUCCUGUGGCUACAGUCCGGCAUCUCAGCCGUCUGUCAACCGAUGCCUCGAACAGACCCAAGCUCUCGAGUAAACUGUCCCAGAUGCGCAAACCAAUGAUGAGUUACAGCAGUCUAGACUCGGAGCCGGAGCAGGACAAUUUUGACACAACCACUCCCGUGUCUCCCGACACUGUUGUGGAAGUCGUCACCCCCCGACACAGCAAGUGGUCCAGUCCGCGACGCAGACAAGACUCACGGGACAUUGUUGGUCUCGGAACGCAGGACGGAGACAUGAUAUAUAAAUCCAGAGACUUUGCCCCCAGAAACACCUCGGCUGACCAUAAUUUCCCAAGCCUUCCGUUCCCACUUAUAAGUCUCCAAGAAGCAGCCCUUCGCCAGUCGCACGGCAUCACCCGAGGCGAAGCAGACUACACCACAGCCGGAUCCAUGUGCGACGCCAAAGCACGUUCCGGCACAAUCAGUACUAUUUCUUCGUACGGGCCCAAAACCCCAACCACGCCCGUUGGAGACAUCCCGGACGCAAGUGGCAUCCCCAGACCACCACGGGCGUACCACCGACACAGCCCAGCGCGAGCUCUCCGGCAGCUCAACUCGUCGGCCAUUAUCGACACCCACUCCGGCUCAUUCUUCCGCAACUCCCUGCCGACCAACACAUCGCUCCUCAGCGCGCGCUUCUUCCGCCUCAGCGGCUUCUCGGCGCGAACCACUCGCGAGCGUCGAGACGGUCCCAAUCACACUUCUCGCACGCACCCCGAGCACGGCCUUCUCACCCCCUCGGAAACAGACCUCAUCCACUCCGCCAGGGAGGAUAUUCUGUGCCGACGCCGCCGGUGCCCAGAGGAAGACGCGCAGCAACGGCGCGUGUUUUUGGUUAUUUUUGUCAUGGCUGUCUUCUUCCCGCCGAUUGGGGUGCUGGCACUGUACGGAAAGUUUGACGCGACGAUUGCGUGGUACGGCAAGGGCGAGAGGGGUUGCCUGACGCAGGAGCAGAGGAGCACGUUGAAACAGCAGCUUUGGGUCGAGGGAGUGCUGUAUAUCGGGCUGAUUAUCUCGUUGGUUGUGUAUUAUUCCGUCCAUGGAUGA